GGGGAAUAAACGUCCGCCGCAGCGCGGGGCGGGGGGAGGCUCUCGGCUCGGUUUCUCUGAGCGCCAGCGGGGGAUUCCCCGCGUUACUCGGAGACAAGGAACGGCAGCGAGAGAAAGCGCCGGCGUCCCAACACGAGGCGGCGGGAGUAGCAUCGGCGGCAGCAGGAGGGGGGGAAGGCCCUUCCUCGCUGCGUCCCUCCCUCCGCCGCGGUACCUGCGCCGCGCGUCCACGUGAGCGCCACAUCAGCGCCGCUCCGCGCCCUCAAAGUCAGCCGGCGGCCGCUCAGGGGGCAGCCGGCGGCCGCACUCCGCCUUCCCUAUCCUGUUUCCCUCAGCUCCCGCUCCCCUCAGCGGCCGGGCCCGGCCCGGGGCUCAGGCGGCCCCGGCUCGGGAAGAUGCUGCAGUCGCUGGCGGGCAGCUCCUGCGUGCGGCUGGUGGAGCAGCACCGCUCCGCCUGGUGCUUCGCGCUGCUGGUGCUGGGCUACCUGCUCUACCUGGUGUUCGGCGCCGUGGUCUUCUCCUCGGUGGAGCUGCCCUACGAAGACCUGCUGCGCCAGGAGCUGGGCAAGCUGAAGCAGCGCUUCCUGGAGGAGCACGCCUGCCUCUCGGAGCAGCAGCUGGAGCAGUUCCUGAUGCGGGUGCUGGAGGCCAGCAACUACGGCGUCUCGGUGCUCAGCAACGCCUCGGGAAACUGGAACUGGGACUUCACCUCCUCCCUCUUCUUCGCCAGCACCGUCCUCUCCACCACGGGUUAUGGACACACAGUGCCUUUGUCUGAUGGGGGAAAGGCCUUCUGCAUCAUCUACUCGGUGAUCGGGAUCCCGUUCACGCUGCUGUUCCUGACGGCCGUGGUGCAGCGCAUCAUUGUGUAUGUCACCAGGCGCCCAGUACUCUACUUCCACAUCCGCUGGGGCUUCUCCAAGCAGGUCGUUGCAAUCAUCCAUGCUAUGGUCCUCGGCUUCAUCACUGUCUCCUGCUUCUUCUUAAUCCCAGCAGCAAUAUUUUCUGUCCUGGAAGACGACUGGAAUUUUUUGGAGUCCUUUUAUUUUUGUUUCAUUUCCCUGAGCACCAUUGGUCUUGGAGACUAUGUGCCAGGAGAAGGCUACAAUCAAAAAUUCCGAGAGUUAUAUAAAAUUGGAAUUACGUGUUAUCUGUUGAUGGGCCUUAUCGCAAUGCUGGUGGUUCUUGAGACUUUCUGUGAACUCCAUGAACUCAAAAAGUUUAGGAAGUUGUUUUAUGUGAAGAAGGACAAGGAAGAGGACCAAGUGCAUAUAAUGGAACAUGACCAGCUCUCCUUCUCUUCCAUCUCAGAUCAAGCAGCCUCCAUGAAGGACGAUCAGAAGGCAAACGAGCCUUUUGUGAAUUCCCAGUCCCCAACUUCCAAUGACAGCUCUCUAAACAAUUAAUACACGGGUAUCCAUACCGGUGUUUUGGUGCAUUUAUGCUAAUUACCAUAAGAAAUAGAAAGCCUCAUAUUUUUUUCUCAAAUUAUAAAAGCUGGAAGACUGUGCUACUUUAACAAGGAUUCAUCACUUCUGACAUAGAAAAGACUUUUGGGAAAAAUGUGGGAGCCACCCUGGGAAGAGGGAAUAAAUGUAAGAUGUGGCUGGGAACGUAAGGCCAUAUUGGGUGAGGGAUAAGGAUUUAGGUGUACCACAUUCAGAGAUGCCAGAGAGAAAGGCUUGCACAAGCAGCUUCGUUGAACAUCUUUGGGAGACUAGGCCUUCACUGACAUCCAGCUCAUUGAGUUGCAUGCCCCAUCUUGCAACUGGCUGACAGCAGAUUUUGGGAUGUGCAUUUUUGAUAGUCACAGUUUUAAUCCAAUAGCUAGCAUCUUAAUCUGGAAAACAUUUUCAGAGCAAUAUCUCUAGAGCUGGUGGAGGGGGGAAUAUCUAGGUCAUCCUCUAUUUCCCAGUAACUUGCAGGUGUAAACAAUUAUUCCAGGAAGGAAAAAAUAAGACUGUGAUCUCUCCUUUGUCCAUGCCAUUUACAUCUUAAUUUCCUACUUCCUUAAAAGGUCCUCCAAUCACCAGAAAAAUGUUGUCCUGAAGAGAGUGUGCCUUGGGUCUUCCGUGCUGUUUGUUUUUUGUAUGAAAUACUUCUUUGAGAGAUAGCAAAAGCUCUGGAUGAGGUGAGAUGGUAGGGAAGGAAGACAGAUGCAUUUCAGUCUUCUGAAGUGGGCAGGAGUGGGUAUUUAGCUGCGUGGAAUGGAAUGAAAACAAGUCAGCAAAUGCCACACAUGACUGGCACAAUCAUGUGCUUGUGGCAUUCUCCUAAUAGAUGGUUGAAGCCAGCUCAGCAGAAGGACUCGGUGCUGUUCCUCCCACAGUCCAGCCCAGCGUGUGCUCUGCUGAGCUGGUGGGUACAUGGAGGAACAGAAACAGCAUCACCUUUGAACAUAGCUCCUGUUUCUUCUCUUGCUUUUUUAACUGGUACUCGGAACACUUGGGAGGAGAAGGGAAUGUUUCAGGGCAAAACAAUUUUUCAGUUUUUCGUAUGGCAAGAAAAAAGGAAAAAUGUCACAUUUGGUUCAGAUGGAACCGAAUUUUUUUCCCCUUGGGAAAAGUCACUAAAAAGUCAAGAUCUUGCUCAACUUCUGAAGCUGGAACCUCUUUGACUGUAACAGCAGAGGUGUUUUAGUCUAGCUACCAGUCACUGUGCUGAAUGCAGGGACCUCAGAGUGAAUUUCAGUGAGCAUGAGACAAGAUUUAAGUGGUUGUUGUAUUUUGUCUUCUGGCCUUAAGAAUCUUAAGAUAGGGAAAUCUCGAUAAUGCUUUGCAAUGAACAAAAGAUCUGGAGCACAAAUAGCCAUAAUAGGACAGCCUCCCACAUAGGAACAGUGUAGAGGAGAGCCUUUUACCUGCAGUGCAAGCAUGCCAGAUUGCCUGUAAUUUGGCUUCUAGUGUUUAGAGCUGAAUAAUAAUUUACUCUAAAGAAAAAAAAUGCAGCGUGUCUAGAUUUAGCGCACGUGGGAAAAAUACUUGAAAGUAAAUAACCCAAAAUAUACUGUGUUUGAGCUUAAUUAUAGCUAGCAUCAAACAGUUUUUUAUAUCUUUACUGGAAAACUUACUUUAUGGUUAAAUCAGCUGAAAGUCUUCAAUUGAAAUUUAUAUUUGUAGAAAAUCAGAGCUAAAGGUUUUGGUUGUUUUGAGUUUUGUAGAUUAGGUGAGAGCAUAUUGUGUUUGCAUGUUCCCAGGAAAGUGGCUAUUUUUAUACUGCUUAGGUUAACACAGUUCUAUUUAUAAUGAAUGUUAACCAAUAUAUAUGUACAUAUAUACAUAAAUAUAUUUAUAUACUGUACAUAUAUCAUAAAUCACCAGAGUCUAACAGACUUAGGAAAGGCAUUUUAGAUAAUUUUUCCCCUAGUCUCCUCUUUAUACAGUCAAUAUUUGAAAACUAUGGCAUUCAAAUGACACUGACAUAAAAUUAUGAGUACUGUACUGUAAGAAACAUUUAUACUGUUUUUUUCUGUGGAACUUUAUUGAUUGUUUUUGGUACCUUAAAAUUCAAAAUUUCUUUUAAUUUCCAUGUAUUAUUAAGCUCUAAAGGAUAUGCACAGAUGUUAAAUGGUGUACAAAGUUACUUUUGCAGUGUGUACACAAAUGCGAAGUCUAGACACGUGAAAUGAAAGCACAGAAUUCAAAGCAGAAGCGAUAAACUAAGCAGUAUACUGUGAUUGUAGGUGAAUAUUUGUUAUUUUAAACUUAAAUAAAAAGUCUGGCUUUUGCCUGCCUGCACUAUGAAA